CACUCUCCGAUGCAAAGCCUUAUCAGAGAGCAAAAACUUGUUCCGCGCGUUCGGCAUGAGAGACACAGCGCGCUCAGAGGGUGAGAGAGUGGCUCUAAAAUCCGCGUGUGAGUGAAAACAACCUGGCUGAAGCCUGACAACGACUUAUUAACCAGUGUGAAGUCUAUGCAUUCGUCGAUCUGUUUAAUUUACAUCACCUCUAUCACACUGAGGAGGACGGGACGGAGGUCUGGAACUCUAUGAGCGAGCGCGGAGAGCGCGUGAGAGUUUGAGGGCAUAGAAUUCAAGUGAAAAGUUUAUACUUGGAUCUUCACCAUGGCGUACCCUCAGGGCUACUUGUAUCAGCCAUCCGCCUCUUUAGCACUCUAUUCGUGUCCUGCCUACAAUACGAGUGUGAUAUCGGGACCCCGGACUGAGGAACUGGGGAGAUCUUCCUCUGGCUCUGCUUUCGCUCCCUAUGCCGGAUCUACAGCUUUCACCAGCGCCUCGCCAGGCUACAAUUCCCAUCUCCAAUACAGUGCUGAUGCAGCCGCCGCCGCUGCCACUUUCACUUCUUAUGUGAGCUCCCCGUAUGACCACACGACAGGCAUGGCCGGAUCUAUAGGGUAUCACCCAUAUGCUGCUCCCUUGGGCUCGUACCCGUAUGGGGACCCAGCUUAUCGGAAGAAUGCAACCCGGGACGCCACAGCCACUCUGAAAGCUUGGCUUAACGAGCACCGGAAAAACCCGUACCCCACCAAAGGCGAGAAGAUCAUGCUGGCCAUCAUCACUAAAAUGACCCUCACUCAAGUGUCCACCUGGUUCGCCAACGCUAGGAGAAGGUUAAAGAAGGAGAACAAGAUGACCUGGACCCCACGGAACCGGAGCGAAGACGAGGAGGAAGACGAAAACAUUGAUCUAGAAAAAAACGACGACGACGAGCCAAACAAGCCCACAGACAAGGGAGACUCCACAGACACAGAGGCAGAUCAUAAACUUAUCAACCCAGGGGAGAUGCCAUGCGACAGGUUUAGAGAUGAGACACAUUCUAAAGAUCUUGAUCCACUUUUGACAGACUCGGAAUUAAAAGACUCAGAGGAGAGGACGGACUUGCUCGCUGAGCAGGCAAAACCCACCACCUCUUCGCCUUCCAUUCUACAAAGAGGGAAUGAUCUCAUUACGCAAGAGAAGCAAUCAGAACCGGGCCACGCCACGAGUACGGGGAGCAGCAAUGUAACGUCUGUUAUUCAUUCCCCCCCGUCGGCGCCCAAACCCAAACUCUGGUCACUGGCCGAGAUCGCCACGUCUUCGGACAGGUGCAAGGGGAGCAGUGAGGCUCCGCAGGCCGCAGACCUGGGUCAAAGCACAGUCAUAGCCAGAGCUGCCUCGCCGACCCGGUCGUCCCCUCAGUGCCCUCUCCCCAGCAACACUGUGCUCUCUCGGCCUAUUUACUACACAUCUCCUUUUUACCCAGGCUACACGAACUAUAGCACUUUCGGACAUAUCCACAGCAGCCACGGCACCAACACUGGCUCUACGGCGCAUUUUAAUGGAUUAAGCCAGACUGUUUUAAACAGAGCCGAGGCUCUUGUCAGAGAGAGCAAAGUAAGAAGCCAAACGCACGUAGAUCUUUGUAAAGACUCACCUUAUGAGCUAAAGAAAGGUAUGUCAAACAUUUAAUACCGGAUUCAACGCCAAUCACACGGACAUUUAUUUAUUAUUUGUGGUUGCUUAAAAGAAGAAGCAAAAGAAGAAGCAAAAGAUCAUUUUGAUUAAAAAAAAUCGAGGACAAUUAUUUUCUGAGUAAAUGCUUAUCCUGAAAUCUUAGUUUCUGAAAGGUAAUCAAGAGGAUGUAACUUCUAAGAAUUGUCUUAAACGAUGCAGCCGCCCGAGUCUAUUUGUAUUAAAGACUAAUAUGUAUAUUUAAUGUAGCAUUUUGUAUUUAAAAUGGACAAUACACUAUCUUUGAAGUAAAUUAUGGUAAAGAAAAUGUGUGCA